AGCUUGCUUUGUAGCUGCCAGACCGUUUAUAUUGUAUUCUCGCGUCUUUACCUCGUUGAACAUGCUGUACCAGGAAUUAAUCGACUGUAUCAUCGACUUCCUGCAUGCUGACCGCGAUGCUCUCUCCAAUUGUUCUCUAGUGUGCAGAGACUGGCUAGAUCCGUCGCGAUAUCAUCUGCUAUCAUCAGUCUGCAUCAAAGUGAAUUCUCCGCCUCCAUCGUUUGCGAAUGCUCAUACCGACGCAUUGAAUGCAUUCCUGGCGUGCUUGGAUAUAUCAACGUUCGCCAUCGGGGGGUUCAUUCGUAGCUUGACCAUUACUGCCGUGGGAGAUUUUUUCCGUGUCAAACGGACAGUUGUCGAGGUACAUUCUCUCGUUGGUGUACUCAAGAGGCUACCGAGACUACGGGAGAUGAGGAUCUUUCGAAUCCGAUUCCAGGCAUACACGCUGGACGGUGCUUCGGAACCUUUCAUUUCGUUGAAGAAGCUGCACCUUGAUCAGGUCGCUUUGAAGCCGUUGGACCACUCUGAAAUGUCGCCCUCUCUGACCUUCUUACAUUACUUUUCCCACAUCGGCACCCUUCAUAUUGUGUCGCCGUCCCUAGAUGUCGAAAUGCCAGAUGGUCCUGUGUACCUCGGGCUUUCGUCGAAAGCGCAAGCUCAUAAACUCAUGACGGUGACAGAGUGCAUAUUAUCCCCUGUCUGGGAGGAUAUUGCCGAUGUGUUUGCAACGGUUCGGCAUGUGCUAGACACGCAGUCCCUGCAAUCCAUCACGUUGUCACUUGUGAGCCCUAGUCAGAUAGUCGAUGCGGGACAGUUUGUGAAGGACUGUGCAGGUCUGGAAAGUAUCACGAUCAAUAUUGAUCAAUUUUCUGCAUUAUACGUCGAGCCAGGUCCAGACGACUGGGCCAAAUUGAACCUUUCACAGGCAUAUAUCCGCAUGGUCACAGUAUCAUCGGGUUUGGUCACGAACGGCGACAGCCCGAAAUCGUUGGUCAACUGGGGUUAUAGCACUAGAAUUAUAGCCUCGCUUUCAUCCCCGCCUGCCCUUCGAAAGGUAAACGUGCGACUCAUUUGUCACAACAUGCGAAAUAGGCGAUCUUCCACAAUCAGUGAUAUCUGCUCUGCAGUCGAGGAUUUGCCAUGGGAUAUGCUACAGGCCUCGGUGAUGCAGUUAUCACGAUCUGUGGUUGAGCUCAAAGUCGAGGUGCAAUUAAUGCGCGGCAUACGAGUUGACGGGGAGAAGACGGGGAAGGCGAUGAAUAAAUGUAUUGACUUUAUCAAAGGUGAAUUGCAGAUGAAGAGAAUCGGAAUUGAGGUGCAAUUCCGCGUGACUAAUGCUUAGGAGUGCGUUGUACGAAAGUCAUGCCAACGAGAUAGCUGGGGAUAGUUAUGUUGCAAUACAUGGUACGCAUGGGCCACGCAUUUUGGGGUGGGAUUACAAGGUUCUGGUGCCUAUUCUAGAUGAUCCCAGUAGUAACCCGUGUUCAUUUCGAUAUCAGCAGCAGGAAUGCUACUUCCAUUCGUUUGACUGGAAAGGAUCGGCGGCCAAUGGUACCUGGCCGCCGCUUUUAUAACCUACAAUGUACACUUCAAAGCAAUACGUCGAAGUCAAAGACGUAGUGCACCCAAAUUGAGAUUUUGCUGGGUCGAGAUGAACGAACUUUCCACCUAAUCUUGCCACACAGUCCUCUGCAUCCAUUGUCACGUCAGGGCUCGUGGCACUCCUAGUUCAUUGUUGAACUGAGAAUACGGCAUGUAGAUUAUAAACACCCUCACCUCCA